UUGUACCUUGUGGAUAUGCGCGUAUAACAAAGAAGAUUGCCGAUGGGUUUUCGUUCAUGAAAGCUGACGAGUGGAAGUCGUGGUGCGUCAUAUACUCUCCAUUUGUUCUGAAGCAUGUGCUCCCAGCCAAGAAUCUCGAAAACUGGAUUUUGUUUGUUGACGCAUGCCGCUUACUCACAAAACCUUCGAUCAAUGACAAAGAAAUAGACGAAGCCCACAGUAAACUCCAAUUGUUUUGUACAAGAUUUCAGACACUGUAUGGAAAAUCGGCCGUGACACCGAAUAUGCAUCUACAUCUUCAUCUUGGCGAGUGUGUUCAUGACUUUGGGCCAAUUUAUGCUUUCUGGUUAUUCAGUUUCGAGAGAUACAAUGGUUUGUUGAAGAAUAUCGAAACAAAUCAAAAAGGCGGCUUCGAAUCAACAAUGAUGAAGAGAUUUUUGGAGAGAACAUACAUUGGCAGCUUCAUACAAUCUUUCGUCAACCAUCUUCCCCAGUUCGCAAUUGACUUUCUGCAUCGCAUUUCAAAUAGUCAAGAUCAAUUAGCAGCAUUGCAUCCAUCUUCUACUGCCAGUACCUUUUCUCUGUCUGACUUUGUUGAAUAUUCGUUAAACCCUCGUCAUUCUGCUUUGGGUUGUGAGCCGUUGCCCCCUUCAGUGUUUCCGAUUAAACUCGACCAAAGGAUUACAAU